AUGGAGACCAACGUGAAUCAAGUCAUGGGCGCCGCCUCGGCACAGCCGGGCAACACUGAGGCUGCAUUUCGCCAAUUCGAUGCCUACCCCUGGGUCCGGGACCGCUCGUUCCUUCAAGGCCUUAUGGUCACUCUAGGCCCGUCGCUCAUUAGUGCCAACGACGGCUUCAGCCGCCAGAAGGCUCUGAGCACCACUCUCCAGGCUCGCAUCUGGUGGUACAAGUCACGCUUCAACACCGACAUCGACCGCAAUCUGUAUGAGUCUUACAGUGACUCCCAGAAUCAGCAGUCGGGUCGUCCCGAUGCAGCCAUUCUUUCCAAGCUUGCUGAAAUCCAACAGCGCAUGGGUGGGGGCGCGUCGUCGUCUUCAGGCGGCGAGGUUCAGAACAUCCCCGCUUGGCAACUGAACGCCCCAAAGGUCGACCUUAGCAAGAAAGCUGAUGAUGCCGGCAAUCAUAUUAAUGUCGGUGAUGGUGCGCCGUAUCCGGAGAACUUUCAAGCCUUAAUCGAAGCUGUGACCCUGGGCAAGCCGAUCCCUGGGAUCAAGGAGAUCCCGGAUACUGUGGUGCGCCCGCCGGGAGUCACACCCUUUGGCAAGAUGAAGGCACCCCGCAAGCCGUGGGAGAAGGACUCGCCGGCCGACGCCCAGGGACAUGACAGUGUCUUCGGCAACGUCGUCGACAAGGAGUUCCCUCCCCUUCCGCAAUAA